AUGGACCUGAAGGGCGUCGUCACGCAUUCCGAUCCUUCUAUGAAGGCUCCGAAAUCUUUGGGCACUGUGGUGAUCAAGUUAGGAGGACGGACAGGCACCAGCUCCAUCGUCGACGAGACGACAAAAAAACCUCUUCUCUCCAUCUUGACCUUGAUUGUUGAGACGGCCGUCAAGUUAAGGGAAGAUGGACACAAAGUCGUCAUCGUCUCUUCAGGUGCCAUUGGCGUUGGGCUUCGUCGUAUGGACAUAGCCGUACGACCCAAGAAGCACCUGUCCAAGUUGCAGGCUUUGGCAGCAAUAGGACAAUGCCGUCUUAUGAGUCUAUGGGACAGUCUCUUUACACAAUUGAGACAGCCGAUCGCACAGAUUCUCCUUACCAGGAAUGACAUUGCAGACAGGUCAAGGUACCUAAAUGCCCAAAACACAUUCAUGGAGCUCCUUGACAUGGGCGUCAUCCCAAUUGUAAACGAGAACGACACCCUCGCCGUCUCGGAGAUCAAGUUUGGCGACAACGACACACUAUCCGCUAUUACAGCGGCUAUGGUUCACGCAGAAAUGCUGUUCCUCAUGACGGACGUAGAUUGUCUAUACGACAAGAAUCCACGAGCCCACCCAGAUGCCAAGGCUAUCGAAGUGGUGGAGGAUAUCGGAGCCUUAGCAGCCGAUGUAUCCUCUGCCGGAUCUUCUUUGGGCACGGGAGGCAUGUUCACCAAGAUCGUGGCAGCAAGGCUUGCCACCUCUGCGGGAGUCACCACCAUCAUUGCCAGGGCAUCAAACCCAGGCAAUAUCCUCAAUAUUGUGAAGUGGAUCGAGGCGAACCCAGCUGCCACGUCGACUAGGACCAGUGUGAACGACCACGCGGACUCUUCCCAGCCCGGAAGUGAUUCAGGCGUUCAGCCUCCGCUGCACACACGGUUCCUCCCAUCAACAGAUCCCAUCAGGGACCGCUCCUUCUGGAUCCUUCACGGACUCAAGCCACACGGGACAGUUUACAUAGACCAAGGCGCGUACCAAGCACUGCUGGACAAGGCCGGCUUACUCCCCGUAGGCGUGGUGGACGUCGAUGGGCAUUUUGCACAACAAGAAGCCGUCCGGAUUGUGGUGGUCGAAAAGAAACUGUCAACGCCGACCCCUGACGGAAAGUAUUGGGAGGGCUCCACCAACGAGGUUGGCCGAGCGCUGGUGAACUACUCAUCGGCCGAGAUAGCCAGAAUCAAGGGUCACCAAAGCACCGAUAUCAAGGAUCUACUCGGGUACGCCGACAGCGAAUACGUCGUUCACCGGGCCCAGAUCAGUUUCUUUAGGAGGGAAAGCAGACCAGUCUCCCCAACCAUGGAGAUGGAGACCAUAAUUCGGGGGAUUGGAAGCUACGAGGUUACGCACUAA